UGGUUUGUGGGUGUUUUAGCUAAAUUAAUGAGAAACACCUGUGUGAGUAGACGAACACAGUAAUAAGAGUGAAGAGGAACUGUUAAAAAGUUGUUUUUGUUUGUGUUUCUUAAAAAAAAAAGUUUAAAAGAAAUUAAGAGUCGAGCUCUCUUCCUGAAACCUCACCUGUUGUCUUCCUCUUCACACCUGGUUUGGCUGCAUAUCUGUAACAGCAUGGCUGAGCCUCCAGAGGUGCUGCUCAUCAAGGACCAGUAUAAGUUUGCUUAUCACUGCCUGGGUCGCGCACUGGCUGCUGAACAGGCUGGUAGAACAGAGGAGGCGCUGGACUACUACAGAAUGGGCCGUCAACACUUUGCACACGGCGUGGAAGUUCCCACUGGAGCAGAGUGGCAGCAAGGAGCGGUUUGGGACACAGCCAGGCAGUACCAGCAGAGAAUGAGGGACUCCCUGCACACUGUCAACGCCCACCUCACUGACCUCGCCACCUCUCAGCUGACAACAGCAGACCACAGGAACCAAAUGUUAUUGCAUUUUUCUCCCCCUCCAGUGGCAUCUAACAGUCAGCCUCAUCAUACCUCUCUCCAGUCUGUGUGCCCCACUUUACCUCCUAGACCCCAGAACACAAACCUCAUCUCACCUCCUCCCAGGCCUGCUUCCUGUCCUCCGUUUGAAUUCGCGGUCCCUGCUGAGGCUUCAGGAACCACAGCCAUGAAUAACCCUGGGGAGCAGCCUCCAGAAUACACCCCAAAGCCCACAAACGGGCACAGCAGCCUGGCUUUUGGUCCAACUGACCCCUGGUCAGGAAGUCACAGCAGACCAAGACAAAAUGAAAUGGAGCUGCUGUUUAUUCCAUCUGGAGUUCAGCUGUUUUUCGUGGCACCAAAUGGACAGGUCAGCUCCCUGUCUAAUCCAGGAUAUCUCCGUAUUGUUACUUUUGAUAGUGGAACGAAGGAGCCCACCACGGACAGACCCUCAGCUUUUCUACAUGUGUGUGACAGGCUGUACCAACUGACAACAGACACACCGGUGCUGUUGGCCAACUCUGGGAUCUUCAUGUUCACUGACUGCUCGGUGGAAAUGCAUGGAUCCUUUGUUGGCAUUGUGUUGUCCUCUGAACUGCCUGUUGCCUGCCGGGAAUUGUUUAAAGACCUCCUAUCUCAGCUGGCCGAUCUCAGGUUCCAGAGUACUCAGGGGGCAGAAGCAGAUCUCACUAACCUGAGUACCAAAGUCCCCGUUGGUCCCCCGCAAGUACCAGGACAGAUUGUGGCACCAGGAGAGAAGUCACUUCUUCCAAGAUGGAGUGAGAAAAUGGCUCAUGGAAUUCUGUCAGGUUCUACGUGGUUGGGUCAAGGUUUCCUCAAGGGAGCAGAAGCUACCAGUCGUGCCAUUCAUAAAGGGGGAUUCAAGAUGAGGGAUCGCAUGACACCUGAGGAAACUCCUUCAGAGGUCAGCCACAAGGUGACUAAAGGUCUAGAGGCGAGUAAACAGGCCACAGGGGGAGUUCUGCGAGUCAGCCGAUUCUUAGUUGAUGGUGUCAGCAAGGUUCUAGGACAUGCAGCAGAAAAGGUGGCACCACAUGUUAAGAAACAAGGCGCUAAACUAGUUCCUGAAUCUUUGAAAAACCGUAAAGAGGGUGAGCCAUCAAACUGGGAUGGGACCAAACAUGUGGCAUCCAGCAGUGUACAAGGGUUUUCUACUGUCUGGUCAAGUCUGGAGGAAGGAGCAAAGCUUGUUGGCAAAAGUGUUAGAGCAGAGACAGUCACAUCUGUGACUUACAAGUACGGCAACUCGGCAGGCGAUGCCACAGACACAGCUCUGCAGUCAGUGGUCAAUGUCGGUGUGACUGCAUACAACAUUGACAACCUGGGCAUCAAAGCCGUCCUGAAAACUGCAGGAAAGCAGACGGCCAAGGCCAUGGUCAAAAGUUCAAAUGAAGAGAAAACAGACACAGAGGGGCUGGAAAAACAGAAGGAAGCCAAGGCACAGAUAAAGAAAUAAGUUUGUGUUUCCACGCUGGAGAGCUAUAGAUCACUUAUGUGCAGUUAAAAACAGGAGACCUUAGUAACAAAUCACUGUAAUCUGUGUUAAAACACAAGCACAGGAAGUGAAUGCUGCACUUAAGCCAAAUUAAAAAAAAUCAAUAUAUAAUUAAAGAUCAAAAUGUAAUCAUGCGAAAACCAAUAUUUACAUGUAGAAAAAAACUAAGAUAUUUUUUAAUAACAUUCCAUUAACCAAACAUUUUUAUAGUUGUAUGUAAAAGGACAUUGUUUUAAAUGCUCAUAUAUUGAUUUACAGAGUACAUUUUACUGAAGUGUAUAUAGAGUAGUUUGUUCAUGCCAACACCAAACCAGAAAACUGUGUUUAUUGCUAAGUAUUCAUACAAUUUAGAAAAAAACCUGAAAACUUUUGGUAGAAAAGAUUGGGUCUCCUCUAUUAUGAUCCUUAAUACAUUAACACAUAGGGAUAUAUCUACAGAUAUUUAUUAUAAUAUCCGGGGUUGUUUAAUAUAAUAUAUAAAAGGCCUAUAUAUUAUUAAAAAAUAAAAACCACACAAAU